UGUGGAGAGAGCAGAGCCUCAGGAACAUACAACUCAACGUGUGGAAGCUUUGAGGAAUGUACCAACUACGCAGGGCAGCCCCCCAGGGCGGGGCCCAAUGGAUGCACGCAUGAGAGGGGGUGUGGCCCGUGGAACGUACCAUCAGCGCGAGGGCGGGAUGUACCAGUGCGCAGGGGCGGGGCUUCACUCCUGUUGCCCAGCAAGGGCUGUAUGUGGGCGCGUGUCGCCGGGGCGCGGCUGCGGAUUUUGUGCUAUGCGGGCAUUUGUGGCGAAGAUUAUGCUUGCUGGCCAGAGGUCCCAGUAGGAAAAGCUCCUAGCAUGAAAUUCCCGGGACGCCUGCGCUUUCCGCUUUGUAAGCUGUCUGGUGUGUGCUACUCCGCUGUUUGGAGCCUGAGUUGUAAUUGGGGAAAAUGGAUUUAAUCUGAAGGACCGGUUGGCGAGGACUAGAACGCACCACGCUUGCAAAGCGCUUUGCACAAGAAGACAGGAGUGCCUGCUUAGCCUGCGGCAUGCACAAAGCACGGGGUUCGAACCCAUGCACCUCAGACGCCAGGCGGUCGUGCAGUUCUUCGUGGGAAGUAGAAGCGGGAGGAUCCGGAGUUAAAGGGAGCCCUGGAGGCUGAAUCUGGCAGGCACAGUAAAUCCACUGGGCAGCCUGAAGACCCCGGUGGAGGUGGAACUGGCCCAGCGUCGGAAUGCAGGCACUCCACCUUCAGCACCGCAACCCGCGCAGCUACCGGGUCAAGGCCAGGGCAUCCUAUGUGGAUGAGACCCUGUUUGGCAGCCCAACAGGAACCCGGCCAACUCUACCAGACUUUGACCCACCCUGGGUGCAGAAUUGUAACAGAUCUAGAGGAGUGAGCCCAGGACCCCCGAAGGUCUCUCUGGCCAAGAGAGACUGUGAGUCUCCCUCCUCCAGGGGCAGCACCCCAAAUCUCACACCAAGGAAGAAAAACAAAUACAGGUUGAUUGGCCACACCCCAUCCUACUGUGAUGAGUCACUGUUUGGCUCCCGGCCACAGGGCACCAGCAAGGAGAGGUCUCGGACAGCCGUGGAGGAUGCGGCCAAGCUCCGGACCCUUUUCUGGACCCCACCAGCCACCCCUAGGGGCAGCCACUCACCUCGCCCCAGGGAGACCCCACUUCGGGCCAUUCACCCAACUGGACCUCCCAGGACAGAGCCCAGAGUGGCCACAGGCUCCCAGAUGGUGUCCCGGGAUGGGCUGGAUGCUCCCCGCUCUCUGGGACAGAGGCGUUCCUAUUCACUCACCCACCUAGCUGUCCCCAGCACGGGUCAUCCAGCUUCCACUGCCCCCCAGACCAAUGGGCCUUGGAGUCCCCGGCCUUACACAUCAGGGGCGACUGUCCAGAGUCCCCUAGUCACUCGCAAGGUAUGCUCAGGCAGUGUUUCGGGGCCAACUACCCCUCAGCGAGGGGCCUGCCCCCAAAAGCCAAAGCCUCCUUGGAAAUGACAUUCUUACCAGGUAAGCCUUUGGCUCAAAGCCAGGACUCAAGCUCAGGUGUGGUCCUCUGGAGACAAUGGUCCCCAGGGCCUCCAAAUGCUGGAGAAGCCUCCACGGGGCUCCAUGGUAAGGAUGGGCCAUAUUUUCCCUAGUCCCCACAAGCUCAGGAUGUCCCCAGCCUUCUCUGCAGGGUAUUUGGGGUCCUUGAGAUAGAUGUCUCUGUAGCCAUGUGUCAGCCUCCCGGCUUCUGCGUUGGUGCCAAGCCCCACCCGGUUCCCUACAAAGGGUUCAGUUUCCACAGGGGUCUGAAGGUCUUAAGGGGUCCUGGGCUGUGUGUGGACCCCAGGGGUGGGACCCGGGGAGACAUUAUUUUAAUAUUCAUGUAUUUAUUCCACGUAUUAAAUGUAUUUGGAUCGCCAAAA